ACCCAGGAGAGUGUUUGUGACGGUAGUGGGUACUAGUGGCCAUGAUGCAGCAGCAACAGCAGGAGCCUGAGGCCCAGAGUGGGUACGAGAGUGAUGACGAACAAGCUUCGGUGGGGGAGAAGGCGAAGCAUGUCCAGCAGGGACCGGUGGAGGAGGGGGUUGGCAAGUCCCAGGAGACGUCAGGUGAGCACGAGGGNGGAGGAGGGGGUUGGCAAGUCCCAGGAGACGUCAGGUGAGCACGAGGGUCAGAAGCAAGGUCGAUCCUCAGAUGAAGGCGGGGUAAAGCAGCAGAAAUCCAAUGAGAAGGUUGAGGGUUGGGGUCUGACGGAAGCCCUGGAGGCGUCGAAGAUGGACGCCGAGAAAAUGAUUCCAACGACCGGAGAACUGAAGGCCUUACCAGAGGCGAUGCCAGUCUUCCAAGGGGCGCCAUACACCAUGGCUGAACCAUCGAAAGUGCCGGAGCAAGGGGGCGAUCAAGCCCAUCAAGCCCAUCAAGCCCAUCAAGCCUAUCAAGCCUAUCAAGCCCAUCAAGCUCAUCAAGGGGGUGAUGAACGUUCUGAAGGCAAUACCGUGCUGUCCAGCCGUGAAGCGCCGGUCGUCUUGCGUUCGAAACAGGGAUUGGGUGGUGGGGAGGAGAGGAAGCGCUCUGCUCCCGAGGACGAGGAAGAGAGAAGAUUCAUCGAAGCUGCCAGACUGGUCACCGAUGUGCAGCAGUUCUUUGGACCUGGUCAACCUUUGAAAAUGUCCGGUGGCGGGAGUUACCGCUCGUACGAAGCUCCUUCCUCUGCUCUUGCCACGUGUCCGACGCCGGCACCGCAAUCUGGCAGCUCUACCUUAUCGGAGCCAUCUAAUCAGCCGCCUGGGAUGACUUAUCAAUCAGUCAUCGGGCCAGCAGCGGCUGUGAUUGCGCCCACGGCGUCUAAGGAUGAGCAGCGAGCAGUGGACAGCAGCAAGCCGGCUAUGUCGGCUAUGGCGGCGGGGGAGGUGGAGGCAGUGGAGGGAGGGAGACAAGGACGCGACCAGCCAAUGACCAUCGAGGAGAGGGUGAUGAGGAGGCUGAAGGAGGAAUUUAGUGGAGGCGGCACAGGCGGGGCGAGUGAAGCCGAGAGUUAUCGACCGACAUAUGUUGUCCAGCAUCCAGGAGAGGGAGGGCACGAAGGAGAUGUGGGUGUAGCCGCCUCUGCUGCCUCCCGUUGUACGGGAGCUUCGCUGAAGCCGGGACUUGGGCAAGUGCUGGAUUUGCAAGAGGCUGCUGCCGCCGUCGUCAAAUAUGAGGGUGCGAGAAGGGAUAGGCAAGGUGAAGAGGGAGAAGAGGUAGAAGGCGGCGGUGGUCCCGGCUCAUCAGCUAGCGAGCUGCUGCGUGAGCAGGCAGAGGAUCUUCACCGGGAACGCCGAGCACAAGCUCUCGUAAGAGCGGAGAAAGCAGCCGCCGAGGCUGAAGCAAGAAAAGAGAUGAUUAAGACGGUAGCUUGGAAGAAGAAGGAAGUGGCAAAGGCAGAGGCCCAGCUUGCUGAGAAAGUGGAGAAGGCGGAGACUCUGAAGGCAGCGGCGUUCGAGCAACUAGAGAAAACGACAGCCAAAGUAAACCAGAAAGUUGAGGAGAAGAAGGCAGCGGUCAUGCAUGAACUCGACGAAAAAAUUGCACAGGCGGAGGAGAAAGCGGAAGCUAUAUUGGAGAAAGGGGAAAUUGAGAAACCGUCAGUGUUAUCAAAGAUAGGCCAUGCCAUAGGUCUCGGUGGAAAAGGGUGAGUCACCUGCCAUAGCCUUGCCAAAUUGGGAGAGUAUUACCACAUGGUCCACAUCAGAUUCUCCCAACCACACAAUGCAAGCCAAAUGGGAACAUCAAGCAGACAUCCCUUUCAGCUGAACGAAUCGGGACUGCAACUUGGGCAUAUAGUACAGAAAACAUUUAGAGUUGGAGGAGAGUUACUUUGACGGUUUGACCUAACGCGUUACGCGUGCAAAGAACAAUUAUAGCAUUGUGUGCAAAGAACAGUUAUAGGAUUGUGUGCAAAGAACAGAUUGGAGGGACUCGAGGGAGUGAUCGGUCGUAUUAUUAGCCCGUGCGAUUGAAAUCUACUCAACUGGAAUUCAGCCCCUCAAACUGUGCAGAUCCGUGAUUGUCCCGAGUCCUCAUAUCGUCAUAUGAGUUGUAGCCUUGUAGGUAGUGUACAUGGUGACAGCAUGUUAGCAGGAAGUGUGAUAGAGGAUUGUCUGUGUCGUGUGUGUGUGUGCGCGUCAUGUGUAUGUGUCAUAUGUGUGUCAUGUGUGUGUGUGUGUGUAGUGUGUGUGUGUGUGUGUGUGUGUGUGUGUGUGUGUGUGUGAGAGAGAGAGAGAGAGAGAGAGAGAGAGAUCAGGACUGGUCACCGUGAUAACAUAUCGUUUAUAUUCCUGAGCAGCGAUCAGCACUGUAUGCAUAGACCUCUGGGUGGUCAGUGUUGUAGAAUCAAUGUAGAUGUGUGGAAUUGUUUACCUUCCCUAGGCUAGCAAAUUUAGCUGUUGAAGGAGCAUGAAUAUGAUGACCCUAGACUGCGAACUUCACCGUUUUAGAGGGGGCAAUAACUUGGGUGCAUCAGCCACAUGGGCACAGCUGGCCGAAGUCAUUUACCCACCUCUGCACCCCCCUCCCCUGCCCCAAGUGGACAAGCAUAAAUGUCAGGGUUUCACAGAAAGAUGGCCCAUUUAGGCAGGAACGUCAGGCCUUCACUACCAAAUCACACUGUACACUGUACAGUGUACAGAAGGAUACCCUAUCCGGUCGUUUUCCCACCUCUGCCCCCACCCCCCACCCCCCACCCCUCGUUGCUAUCCACCUAAAUGGGCCACCUUCACUACUAAAUCACACUCAGUCUGUACAGUAUGGGUUGCACCGAAGAUCUGGGUAGAGGAGUUUUAAUUUUCUUCUUUAUGCUUUAUAGUUCUUUUUUGUCUUUUGUGGGAGGACAAAACUUACGCAUAAGAACCGUUGCAGUGACGAGGGAGGUAAGUGCGUUGAUGCCGUGGUGGGAGAGUGGAAGAGAAUGGGGGGGCAAGUGAAGAAGGGGUGAUUUGUGUCCCGCGCAUGCGUUGCAUGGAGCUACAAAAAGCAAGUGUCAUGGAACAGUUGGUAGAGCGGACGGUUUCAAGUGUCAUGGAACAGUUGGUAGAGCGGAUGGUUUUGGUAGCAAAGGGAGGAGAGUGGAAGAGUCUGGGGGGGCAUGCGAAGAAUGGUGACUUGUUUCUUACGCGUGGAGGGGUGAAAAGCGAAGUGUUAUGGGAAAGU